GUGUCAACUGUUUCCAUUUUUAUUUUUAUUUUAAUUUGUUGUAUUUGCCCUUUUCCUCGUAUUCGAUUUUUACGCACUGAAUUCCUGGCGUAAACAGGUUGCAGCAGCCAUGCCUGUGCACGCAUCUCUCCUUAUCCUCAAGCCCUCCCUAGCCACAACUUUCCUCCGUUCUUCUCUCUCCUCUGCACUCGUUCCUUUCCCACUUAUACGCCUUCGCCCCUUCCCAAACCCUAGAAACCUCUCUUCCUUGUCGUCUGCAGCAUCAUCUCCAACGCACUCUCUUGUCUCAAGUUCCGGUGACAAUGUCGGAGGCGGCAGGUCCGGGGCUAUAUCUCCUCCGCCGAUUGAAGAUUCGGUACAGAAGAUUGAUGUCAAUCCUCCCAGAGGAACCCGAGAUUUCCCGCCCGAGGAUAUGCGCCUCCGCAACUGGCUUUUUAACCAUUUCAGAGAGGUUUCGCGGUCGUUUGGAUUCGAAGAAGUUGAUUUUCCGGUGCUUGAGUCGGAGGCCCUGUUUAUUAGAAAAGCUGGCGAGGAGAUUAGGGAUCAGCUAUACUGUUUUGAGGAUCGGGGAAAUCGCCGUGUUGCAUUAAGGCCUGAGCUCACUCCUUCUUUGGCAAGACUUGUGAUACAGAAAGGAAAAUCUGUAUCUCUUCCAUUGAAAUGGUUUGCUGUAGGACAGUGUUGGCGUUAUGAGAGAAUGACAAGGGGACGCCGUCGUGAGCACUACCAAUGGAAUAUGGAUAUCAUUGGUGUGCCAGAGGUUAUGGCUGAGGCGGAGCUUAUUUCUUCUAUUGUAACAUUUUUUAAGCGAGUUGGUAUCACAGCAUCGGAUGUUGGAUUUAAGGUCUCUAGCCGAAAGGUUUUACAAGAAGUAUUGAGGUGCUACUCCAUUCCUGAAAACUUGUUUGGAAAAGUUUGUGUCAUCAUAGACAAGAUGGAAAAGAUACCCAUAGACGAGAUUACCAAAGAAUUAAAGUCUCUUGGGAUGUCAGAAGAAGCUAUCAAGGAUCUACUGCAAGUGCUUUCAAUAAAGUCGUUGACAAAGUUAGAAGAGAUACUUGGAGCUGCUGGGGAAGCAGUUGCAGAUCUGAAACAACUGUUCUCCCUUGCUGAAAAGUUUGGCUACUCUGAGUGGAUUCAAUUCGAUGCAUCUGUUGUCCGUGGCCUUGCCUAUUAUACUGGAAUUGUAUUUGAGGGAUUUGAUAGAGAAGGAAAGUUGCGGGCCAUUUGUGGUGGUGGACGAUAUGACCGUUUACUCUCUACUUUUGGAGGUGAUGACGUCCCUGCUUGUGGCUUUGGAUUUGGUGAUGCUGUCAUUAUUGAAUUGCUCAAGGAGAAGGGGCUUCUACCAGAGCUCAGCCUCCAAGUAGAGAAUAUUGUCUGCGCUCUGGAUCAUUAUCUUCAAGGAGCAGCUGCUGCAGUUGCUACAAGACUCAGGGAAAAAGGCCAAAGUGUUGAUUUGGUUUUGGAGAGCAAACCACUCAAAUGGGUGUUCAAACGAGCAGCACGGACAAAUGCACAAAGGCUGAUAUUGGUGGGGAAUUCUGAGUGGCAAAGAGGUAUGGUUAGUGUAAAAAUCCUCUCGUCUGGGGAGCAAUAUGAAAUCAAACUUGAUGAACUAGAGUGAUUAGAAAUUUAUUAUUUUUUAUAAUUAAUGAAACAUAUGAAUUUGAUUGUCUUA